CUUUGUUACGCAACGUUACGUAAAUCUCACUGAUAGCUGAGCUAGGCAAGGUCACUGGGCCGAUGACCACCAGUGAUUGUAUGCUCUCUCAUUGGUUGUAUCUGUCAGUGCACUAACCAUCGGCGCUGUUGUCUUAUUGGCUCAUUCUGGUUUGUACACGAACCAUCGGUACCGAUGGUUCGUGUACAUUCAAUUAAAUGUCACUUCUAUCGAGAGUGUCCGAGUAAUGUGGUAGAACAGCGACAACGACAGCAGCAGCGACGACAACAGUAACAACAACAUAACUAGAUAAACAAACAACAUGAAGCUCGAGAGCAUUAUUCCUAUGCUCGGCAACUUUGGCCGAUACCAGUUGUUUGUUUUUACCUACACUGCCUUGCGCAUGAUCUUCAGUUGCUUCACAACUCUGGGCAAUGUGUUCUAUGCCGCGGAGACCGACCAUUGGUGCAACGUUUUGCCCAGCGCGAAUUGUUCCAACUGGGCGGAGUUUCAAGACAACUGCACUGACGUGAAGAAGUCCAUCUUCCUGCCUCCUCCUGAAAAUGGUUCGAGCAGCAACUAUCCUUACUCCAAUUGUAAGCAGUGGGAGCUACCAGAUGGGUACGUGUUUGAUCCGCACGUACCGCUCAGUGACUACGACGGUUUCACUAAUGUGAGUGUGCCCUGCAAAGACGGAUGGGAGUACGAUACAUCGCAGUACAAAACAACAACCAUCAUGAAUUUUGGUCUGGUGUGUGAUGACGCUUACCUGCCCAGCCUGGCGCAGUCCCUCUACUUCGCCGGUUACUUGGUAGGAUCGUUCAUCGGAGGUUCCUUUUCAGAUUGGUUUGGUCGCAAGAAGGUCGUUGUAUGUUUCGAGCUGUUGUGGUUCGCAACAUUUAUUGCAACCACGUUCUCAGUUAACAUCUACAUGUACAUGGCCUUCCGCUUCAUGUCGGCCGUGGGCAGUAUUGGAAGCUACAUGGGACUUUACGUGUUAACUCUUGAAGUCGUUGGGAAGUCUUAUCGCACGGCAGUCACCAUGGCCUUAGGGAUAUUUUACGCCAUAGGCUAUUUCUUCAUUGCGACGGCGGCCAUGUAUCUUCGACAGUGGCGCUCUCUGUCGAUGGCCCUCUCCAUAUCGUCAGUGGUUCUUUUGAUACCGCUGUUCUUCAUCCACGAGUCCAUCAGAUGGUUGGUAUCCAAGGGCAGGAUUGAUGAGGCUGAGAAAGUCAUCAGGAAAAUUGCCAAGAUGAACAAGAAGACUUUGCCUGAUGUCUUAUUCGAUAAAGAGGACAUACAGGCAGAGACGGAAUCAAAGGAAUCAGUAAUACCACCAUCUGUCAUUGAUCUGUACAAGACCCCCAACAUGGCGGUCAAGACACUCAACAUGCAGUGGAACUGGUUUGUCAAUAGUCUGGUGUACUACGGCCUGUCACAGAGCACCAACGAUCUAGGAGUCGACGACUACUGGGCUUUCUUCGUGUCGGGAGCCGUGGAAAUCCCGGCCCUGCUGUACGCCACUUUUGGACUGGAGUGCUUCGGCCGGAAACUGAACUUGGGAAUAUUGGAGUUGAUUGGCGGCGUGGCAUGCUUGGCUACUAUCUUUAUUCCCAAAGGGAUCUGGAGGAUUGUUGUGGCUAUGAUCGGCAAGUUCUGCAUCUCUGCCACGUUUUCCAUCAUUUACGUCUACACUGUGGAGCUAUUCCCAACCCCAGUGAGGGCGGUUGGCUUGGGCGUGAGUUCGGUCGCCUCUCGUGUGGGUGGCAUUCUGUCACCGUUCAUUCUGCUCUUAGAUAAAACCGUGGCUAACCUGCCGAUGUGGCUGUUCGGCUCCAGCGCAAUCUUGGCGGGAACUCUGGCGUUCUUUCUGCCGGAGACAAGAGGCAAAAAACUGCCGCAAACGCUUGAGGAAGGAGAAGCAUUUGGAAAAUGUCGUUGCAUGGGUGGACAACCUUACGACGAGUCCAGUGUGGAAGUUGAUGGCAUGGACACAGCAAAAGAGGGCGUCUUUGCGAUAUCCAACGCUGCCUUCGAUCACACGGAGGAGGAGAAGGAAUAUCGCGACUUCUCGCAGCAAUUCACGCGUAAACUUCAAGAGUCCUCCCACAUGUGAAAGCACAACAUGCUUCGUUAAAGACCAACUGCUUAGUGUGGUUGUAGACUUUAUUCCCGAGUCGGCCAUAUUAAAUUGAAAGCGAUGUAAACUGUUCAUUUUUGGAACUUGCAAGUUGAAAUGAAAGUAAUGCAAUAAAAGUUCAUCACCAAUCGAUACCAGUCUGCUCUGAUGAAUAAUGUCAAAUUUGUGAUUGAACAUGCCCUAAUGGUUUAAGCCAAAAUAGUCUGGCACCAUCCCAUUCAACGGAUUACAAUUUAUAAAAUACAUUCAAUUGGCUUCCUCGUGAAUAAAUUGUAUGUACUCAAAUAUCUAAUUCUAAAGACAUGCUUUUAUCUAUAUAUAUACUAUAUAUGUUUGCUUAUAUAUAAGACUAUAGUCUAUACUAUACUGUUUUGAUCCAAAAAACUUUUCUAUUCCAGUUUAUAUCAUAUCGAUUGAACUAAAGGAGAUAUACUGAAGAGAAAAGAUAAGGUAUUUCGAUUUGAUCACUGCCAUGUAAUCAUGUAAUUGAUGAAGAAAAUCAUACAAUGUUUUCAUUUAGUGUUUUUAUGAGGAAACACACUUUCGGUUUUUUUAAAACAAAAUCUGUUAACUCAGCGGUUGGGAGUUCUGGAUUAUUGAUAUCUGUGUAUCCUUUUUAUUAUAAAGUUCACUAAGAUAGCGUUGAGAGCUCAUAAGCUUUCUGUAAUUGAGUAGGCUCACAUUUUAGACAAAUAUAUUAGUAUAAAAUGACUAAAUACGCAUAAUAUAGUCUUAUGGUAUAAGUGUAUAUAUUAAUUAGCAGCAUAGUACAAGAAGGUAUUGUUACUUGCUCUGAAUAAUGUGUAGCGCCGUGACAAGCAAACUGAUUAAAGUUGUGAUGUUGAAUCAUUUAUUUAGUCGCCUUGCACUUGUUAAUUACACUGUUCACAACUCAUGUUUUGUCUUUUGGGUGUUUAGUGUAAAACUUCCACGUUUUCAUCUUGAAUAUAAAGUGUAGAAAAUUUCGGGGAUCUUUAGAUGUGUGCAUUUGUACAGAAAAUUAAGAUUGUAGUAAAAAUGUAAAUCCUAUGAGUGAUGGUUUAUGAUUUCUUUGGUAAAGCUUCUAUCCAUAAUAACGAAAAGAGAAUGAGAGUGAGUGAAUACAUUAAUUUUAAUUUAAACGGCGGUUUUACAUCAUUUCUUAAACGCAUGUAUGAUAACUUUGGUAUUAUUAUUUACUUAGAAUAAUCAAUCUUGAUCUUCCUACCAGUAUUUUCAUAACUUUAAAAGCAAUGUCCAUGUUUUUGUUUGACGCAGCCUGUAUAUGAAUCAAAGGUUACCAAAAGUUAAACAAAUUAACAACCAGGGUACAAAUUAAACCUUUGACGUCUGAUGAAUCAAUAAUCUUUCAACCUUUCGACCUUUGUAUUUGCAAAAUGUGUUUUUUUUUGCGAAAUACCUUCACGAGUGCACAGUGAAGAUCCGUUCAUGAUGGUGGUAUAAUGAAAUUAUUAUUAUUAUUGAUUCGGCCAACAAAUGAACAAAAGUACAAUGUCAAAGCAAAGAUAUAUCAAAAAGUAAACAAAAUUGGAAAUUGAAUAAGUAUGACCAGACAAGACUGCAGGAUG